GAGAACCAUGUCACCAAUAUUAGCGCCCUCUACAUCCCUAUGGCACUCGAGAUAGCGAGCGCUCAGACGGCGGAUCAGAUCAGACAGAGGAGUUGGGGUUCGGCGGUGUUAGCGGCUACAUACCGAGGUAUGUGCAACGGUUGCCAGCUUACAUCGAGAAAGCCAGCCCUUCUUGGAUGCCCUCUAUUCCUACAGCUGUGGUCGUGGGAGAGGUUCUCUAUAGGGCGACCAGAUGUACGUGUUCAUGAGCCUAUAGACGCCAUGUUUGAUGUUGACGGCAUCGACAUGCCUACUUUCGGUCUGUGUUGGACUCGUCGCAAGAGACGCUUUGCUAGUGAUCAGACCAGGAAGGCGUACACAGCAUUGAACGAGCAGUUCGAUGCGUACACCGGGGUCAUCUGGCAGCCCUACACGGAAGCAGCCAUACAAGCGAGAUACCCUGCUGGUAUGUCUGUGCUAUGCACAAGGGACCGAGAUUACUGGAUGACAAAAUCGAAGAUCAUCUUCGAUGUCUUCAUCGAGGAGAUGGCACAACAGAGGGUUAUGAGGCAAUUUGGUCUUCUGCAGUUGGAGCUACCUCCCCCUAUAGAGAACCCGGUGCCAGCACACAUCCACAGAGGUAUUAACCAGUUUUUCAAUGUUGCAUUUUCUUUCAUAGUACUCCAUUCGAAGCUUUAG